AUGUUGACCGAAACAAUGGCCUCGACGACAACUUCAUCAAACCAACGUUCUCAUUAUCAGCCGUAUCAUUCACAAGCACCACAACAGCAAUAUGUACAACAUCAGCAUCAACAAACAAAUUCAACCCGUCCACAACAACAACAAGUGAAAAUAACCAGUAGUAACAAUAGUAAUAGUGUUGAUGUUAAACAACAAGUAAAAACUACAAAUAUACCAAAUCAUAUCGAACGUUCUUCAUCAUCCUCAUUAGUUAAUUCGUCUCCUCCACCUGUCCAUGAAUUGCAUCAUGCUGUUCAAAUUGGUGAUAUUCAAACAAUAUUAAGAUUACACAGCCGCUUACGUCACGGUGAACAAUGUUUAAUUGAUGAUAAUGGUCAUACACCACUUUAUGUAGCAAUUGAACAUGGUAGAGGAAAUAUUGUCGAUUUAUUAUUACACUUAGGCCAUAAUCCGUAUUGUAUAACAGUAAACCGUGAUUCGGCAUUAAAUACAGCGAUACUAUAUAAUCGAUAUGAUAUUGUUGAAUAUUUAUUAAAUCGUGGUUAUCCGGUUGAUCAUUGUGGAUUUGAAAACAAAAUACCAUUAGAAUUGGCUCUUGAAUGUAAUCAUGGACAUAUUGUUAUAUUAUUAUUAAAAUAUAAUUGUAACUGGCGUUAUGUUGAAUUAAAAAAAUCAAUGUCAUUAGUGGAAUGGGCAUUAAAACAUCAAUAUCCAACAAUAUUAGGCGUAUUAAUUGAUUUGUAUGGUGAUGAUGAAAAUGUUUUUAAUGCUAUUGGCAAUACAUGUUGUACAUAA